AUGUCGCUAGCAGAUGCUCCAGACUUGCGUGUCAACGAGCGGCUCCACCUCUACCCGUACGAACGGCUCGAGGCGCUCAGCAUCACCAGUGGCAUAGUGGGGGGCCUCGCAGGCUUCUACGACGGCCUCAAGUCGUCAUCGUUGCGAUACUUGACAGAAAACGGUCACAGACUUCCCCAGACUGUGGGAGGCUGGUACUUCUACCACAAGAAGAAGAACUACGUGAUGAUUGUCACUGGUGGUAAGACUGCUGUGCACCAAGGCUUGAAGUACUCGAUGUCUGUGGGAGGGUUUUUUGGGCUCGAAUACUUGAUAGACACCUAUGUCAGAGGAGGCACAAAGGACUUCAUGAACACCACAGUGGCUGCUGGCUUGUUUGCAGGAGCCUACGGCAAGUACUACCACUUGAGCAGGAUCCAGGUGCGCAACUACGUGCGGAACGGAACCAUGUUGGGGUUGAUGUUGGGGUUGGCCCAAGACAUGCUUAUUUACCGAAGAGGAGGAAGCGUGUGGUAUGUGGACAAGAUGAAGAAAAUGGAGGCUUAG